AAAUGGCUCCGUUGCCUUACGUCCGAGUUGUAUUUCUAGUGGGCUUUUCUGUAUUUCUGACACUCGUGCUGGGCUUUGGUCUCCCGGCUGCAUUGAAUUUCCUCGCGAGGUGCGUCGGUUAUCCCGAGGCCAGCGUUACGGAAUGUGUCGUGGUUGUGUAUUCGUUAUUCGUGCUGUAUGUGGCAAUGCCUCGGCUUCCCAGGGGGACGGUAAAGAUUGAAGGAAAAGCUGUAUUCAUAACUGGUUGUGACAGUGGAUUUGGUCAUGCUUUGGCCAAACACCUUCACUCGAAAGGGUUCACAGUGUUUGCAGGGUGCUUGCUCAAGGAUAAGGGAGGCGAAGGGGCUAAGGAGCUGGAGGAGGUGCACUCGGAGCGUCUGAAGGUGGUGCAGCUGGACGUCUGCAGUGACGAGGAGGUGCAACAGGCUGCCGAGUUCGUCAAGACCAGUCUGGGAGACGCAGGCGACGGCGGUCUAUGGGCUCUGGUGAACAACGCUGGCGUCUCGACCUUCGGAGAGGUGGAGUUCACCUCCAUGGAGACCUACAGACAGGUGUCAGAGGUCAACCUGUACGGCACCAUCCGGGUCACCAAGGCCCUGCUGCCACUCAUACGCAGGUCCAAAGGGCGCGUGGUGAACCUGGCCAGCAUGUACGGCCGCAUGUCCAACGGUCUGCGCUCCGCCUACUGCGUGUCCAAGUACGGCGUGGAGGCCUUCUCCGACUGCCUGCGUUACGAGAUGAAGCAGUGGGACGUCAAGGUGUCCCUGGUCGAGCCGGGCAACUUCGUGGCCGCCACCGGCAUCCUGACGCGUGACAUCGUGGCGGCCACGGCGGAGAAGAUGUGGCGCGAGGCGCCCCCCGCUGUCCGGGAGGACUACGGCAAGGGCCACUUCGAGCAGCACAUGGCCCUGAUGCGGUCCUACUGCGGCGGCGGUCAGAGGGACGCGGCGCCCGUGCUCGAGGACAUCGCCGACGCCGUCACCUCGCGGCGGCCGUUCACGCGCUACAACCCCAUGGAACCGCACUGGUGGAUCCGCAUGCAGGUCAUGACCCACCUGCCGGCCGCACUGUCGGACAGACUGUACUUUUAAACCUUUAAGAGUGUACCGUCACACCGGUGAGACGGGAAUGUUCGGGCAGUGAAAGUUCUAUAGAAUUCUGGGCGUCAUUCAAUACAAUAUGGAAUUGUAGAAUCUUGCAUUGUUAUAGAACGCAUUCUUUUUAUAGAAUGCUCAAAAACCCACACUCUUAAAGGGACACUGUGUGAGAUUUUUAGUUGUUUAUUUCCAGAAUCCAUGCUGCCCAUUCACUAAUGUUACCUUUUUCAUGAAUACUUACCACCACCAUCAAAUUCUAAGUAUUCAUUAUGACCGGAAAAAUUGCACUUUUCAAACAUGAAAAGGGGGAUCUUCUCCAUGGACCGCUUUUUUGAAUUUCCAAAAAUAGCCAUUUUUAGGUGCAAAAAUGACUCUCCUUGGACCAUACUAGAACAUAUUUCUUUAUUACUUAGUAAACCUUCAUGUAAAUAUCAAAUUUGGCGAUAGCCAACCCAGUUUCAAUGAGCAGCAUAGUUGCAGUACCUUUUUUGACCAUUUCCUGCACAGUGUCCCUUUAAAUAAAUGGGGGAUGGAUGGAUGGAUGGCGUAGUUCGUGGUAUACACACAUACACACACACACACACACACACACACACACACACACACACACACACACACACACACACACACACACACACACAUCAAUUCACGGAUGCCAUCCCACAUGCAGUACAUACCACUUCCAGUGGUGUAGUGGAGAUUUUUAAAGAGGGGGCUACGUGAUUUGUGACGUCAUCAAUUAAUUAGGUAACUUAUCACGUCAAACCACUCCCCUGACCUACUGUCCUGUCUUCUCCUUUUUUUGAUCUGUUUGGUCACUCAACCGCAAUACUGCUGUGUGCACUGCUCAUUCUAUCCUUUUUGUAUUCAAACACGGACAGAAGUUGUUGGAUUUUUUUUUGUUUUUUUUAAUUAAUUUCACCUCAGGAGAAGUGGGUGGAAUGGGUACCCCCGUGUACCACGCCGCCCACUACACCCCUGUUUCACUGCCAUCACCACUUUAAACCCUAGCCCUUUGACAGACUGAACUUCCUGUAUAAAACCAAGGAAACGGGACCUUUCUCUCUCCAGU